CUCUGCCACUGCUCGCCUGUUGUUCCGUACCUCUCAACCCUCAAGUCGUAACCCUCGCUGCUGGGUUUCUUCUCUUUCUGCCCGACCUGACCACAACCUCAGCUCUCUUUCCUUCACAUAACCCUCUCCCAACUUCUUUGUCAUAACCGCUUGACUCUUUCUUUGUUGUGUGUUUGUCAUGAAGCCCUGUGUCGGGCGUUGUCAUUGCUUCGCAGCAAACAGACAAAGCCUGGCUCUAAUGUCACCUUGACCACCCUGCCAACGCACGCCACCUUCAAGUCCAACACGACUAUCCCCUCCCACCUCCACCUCCUCUCCCUCCCUCAGAACACUCUCGUUAAAUAUUAUACCCAAAUAUCAUGGCUUCUUGGAAGCCUCCUAGCACCGGGGUCCUUCUGCGGCACGACACCAAAGCCACUAACGCAGAAGAUGCCCCGACACAAGUCAUCCGCUUAGAUCUUGGAGACUCGGCCACGAAAGAUCUCCUUCGUUCUCUUCGACAGAACGAGCCUGUUCGACUUCGAGGUGGAAAGAAACCAACCGUACAAAUAGGAAAGAAAUCCGUCACCCUUGAAACCAGUGCAGUCAACUUCCCCUCGGAACUUUACUCAGCAUCUUCCAGUGACAGUGGCCAUCUGUAUUUCUCGGGAAAAUUAAGCCACACACUCGAGGUCCAGAAAGCUGAAGAGGUUACGGCAAAGAGUGAUGAAGCGUUGGCUGCACUAGAAAGUACACUCAAGUCUAUCCAAGAGCAGAGGGCUUCGAAUGAAACCAGUAUCAUCGGCAGCAAGUCGGACAAGAGAAACGACAAGGGUGUCUCACCUCUACUCUCCCAGAAUUCCUCUCUCAGGAAAGAUCAUCUCCUCGCUGGCAUCAACAGGUCUACCCCAUCCAGUCCCUUCCUCAGUGCAUCCUACUCCCCCAGACAAGGACCCACAUCCGCUCCACUCGCAUCUGGUGUCUCUUCCAAGGACCAGAUCCGUCUCGAUGCCAUCCGCAAACCUCUCAUCCAUCUCCUGGCCAUCAAACCUCUAACCUCGAGAGGCGUUGCCGAGAAGUUGCGCGCUCCACGUGACGAUGUCGAAAAGGUCUUGGACAAAGUUGCUAGAGAUACAAAAGUUGGAGACGGGCGCAAGGAGCUUAAAGAGAAGUCGUAUCGAGAGUUGGAUGUGUUUGAAUUCAGGUAUCGAACCGACGAUGAUCGCCAGGCCGCCAUCAACAAUGCCAUCACCGUCUUUGAUCGUACUCGAGUGGAUAAAAAGGACCCUCUGUGGCAACUGCUUCUUCCCAAGGAGGAGCGUGGCCAAGGCAAAUGUCUGUCGAGACUCAACUUUGAGAAGCCACCGCCAGUGCCUAGUCAUGCCACUCCAAGGCCCACCGACGACGGCUCCGAUACCAAGCCCGAGACAUCUGAUCGUGAGCAGGCCAACAACAAAACCAAGAAGAACACCGCAACUCCACUGAAGAAAGCCAAAGAAAAGUCCAUUGUCUCAAGGGUGAAUGCCAAAGCAGAUACCACCAAGUCCCCCCGAUCCAAAGACACUGUGGCCAAGCCAGCCAAGUCAGAAGGGAAAUUCAAGUCUUCCGAGCGAAUCGAGGAUUCUGACGAAGAAGCCGAAGCCGCCGAAGUUGAGGUUGUCAAGGCUAAACCAAUUGCAGCUGCAAGAGCGAGUGUCAAUCCAAGGAAAAAUGCGGAACAAGAGUCAUCCAGACCUCUUUCUUCGAACCCAACUUCUACAACCAAGACGCUUCACAAGUCUUCGCUCUCUAGCUCCUCUUCCUCGUCAUACAGUGGGAAUGAAAAGGCACGACCUGCGGCAUCCGCAAGUACCAAGUCACUCAAAACAGGCAAUGCUGCAGAAUCGACCUCUAGCAUGUCUCGAAUAUCCCCACGUCCAAGGCACGGUAUCUCCCCCCAGAAACCAUCACCUCUGGGCUCCUCUCCACCCACCACAUCAACCGAUGUUAGCAACUCCGGUCCCAGCAGCAAAGCAUCAAACCAGUCUUCGGCGCCUUCGUCACCACCAUCAGAUUCCGACAUACCCAAACCCAAACAGCAGACCAGCAACAAGUACUCUCCGGUCAUCAAAUCCGACCACACCAAAUCACGCAAUACGCCUCGUGGUGGCAGUCCACUCCGGACCAAGGCUGAAACUGCCAAUGCUGGACGUCCCAGCAAACGCAAAACCGACGUGGAGGAUGAUCGGCCGUCCAAGAGGCAACAAACCGCCAAUUUUACUCCACACACCCAAGCCAAGUCAAUGCCUGAUGACAGCGGUGCAUACCCUUCCCGACCCUCAGCACCCAUCCGUCAAUCCUCCGAUGCGGGGUCUGUUCGUUCAUCGAGCCCCGAGAAGCGAAUACCACGAAGAGCCGAUGUGAUCGUGGAUGCCAAACGGUUUCAAAAAUAUUACAGAAAAUACAAAGAUUUACAUGAACGAAUAUCGUCCGUUGAUGAGAAAGAUCGCGACCCCGAAGACAUGAGCAAUCUAUGGAGAAUGCAUAAGCGGUUGACGGAAAUGAAGGCCGAUAUCUGGGGCAACUGGGAUAAAGUGGAGAAGAUUAGCAAGAUGGGCAAAGUCGACAAGGCUGUGAGACAUGCUGUUGCGGUGGGUUGAAAUUGACAAAUUGGAGUUGUUUUUGGAGGCCAUGCGAUUUGAUUUAUGCGCACACAAGAUCUAUUACCAAGGCCUGGCAAUCGAGAGGCAGAGGCAAAAAAGGAGUUUGUGAUUGGGGAGUUAAGGAAGUUGAAACCACGAUGCGAAUUCGAGCACCGGGAACCAGAACCAUGUGUCUACGAAAGCGAAGAGAAGACGAUGACGCCAGGAUGUCAACAUGUUCAUAUCAGAUCCUCCACGCCGUGGGUGGAUGGAGAAAAAAUGAGAAACAAUAGUGAAUUUAGUCUUGUUCUUUUGAA